CUCAUCAAGUAUUCUCAAAUCUCGACUAGUGUAAAUACACGCUAGAAAAAGAAGAACAAACAUUAAGUAUACAUUAUUAUAUCAACAACAUACAUUUUAUAAUAAAAAAAACGCUGUUCGAUUGAAUUUGACAAAAGGUGUCAGUGUAUUUAACGUUUAAUUUACUAACAUCAUAAGAGACAAUAACGAUAACCAAAUGGAUGAUGCAAAUAUGAGUAGUGCUGAAAUAACUUUUGACAAUUUAACUAUUUUAAAAGAAUUCAGUAACAUAGCAAACCUUGUUAGAAAUGAGGAUUUUCUGGAUACAGUACCAAAAGCUAAAUUAAAAAGAGUAAAAUGGGUCCCAAUGUUUGAUUGCUUGAAACAAGGUAUUUUUGAUGAAAUGGUGCAGGAACUUAGCUCUAUGUGGGAAUUUGAAAAUAUGCCUGAGAAACUUGAAGUUUUAGAAAAGCAAAAGGAAAAAUUUGCAGAAAUCAAUCCAGAGAAAACAGUUUGGAGACCAAAAUACAAUGAUGUCAAAAGCCAACUAAGAGCUUCGGAUGUUGCUAAUUUACGUAAACAGAAGGUAUUACUGGAAUCAUUAGCAAAAGAAUAUGAAGCAAGAGCUAGCAGACUCAAAAAAACUGUCACUGCAAAAAGAGGUUACUUAAAAGCAUUGCAGAUGGACAUUCAAAAGUACCAAAAGAAAAAUGAAGAAAUAAUUACUAACAUAAAUGAAAAAAUGAGAAAUCAUGGGAAAUUAGCAGAGUUACUUUUACCUAACAUGAUCAAUGUUCAAGAUAUUAGUUGGUCUCAAAAAGAAUUGGAAGUUGAUGAAUAGAAUAAAACAGAAUACACUAGAUCAUUGAUUAAAAUUUAUAUUUCAGAAAAAUGUACACA